GAGGGGCAGAAACACUCGUGCUCCCCCGCGCGCGCGGGCGGUGCGCGAGGCCGGGCGGAGAGCGACACGCAGCAGCGGGGCGGGGAGGCCGGGCAGCAGAGUCCCUGACAUGCGAUAACCUGCAGCAAUGGCCACGUCAGAUGAGCUCAAGUUUCAUGAAUUCGACGAGGCGGCCGACUUGCUGGCCGUGAACCCUGACGCCACAACCACCAGCAUCAGCGAGCGGCAAAGCCACGUGGCCGUGGACGUGAGCACCGGCUACGAGGAGGGUGAGCUAGGGGAGGAGACAGAUAAAACCGAGCUCCUCAGUGGCCAGAAGAAGCAGCCCAGUUUCUGGACCUUCGAAUACUACCAGACUUUCUUUGAUGUCGACACCUACCAGGUGCUGGACAGGAUAAAGGGGUCUCUGCUGCCCUUGCCUGGGAAGAACUUCGUACGGCACCACUUACGGAACGACCCGGACCUGUACGGGCCCUUCUGGAUCUGCGCCACGCUGGCCUUCACGCUCGCCGUCAGCAGCAACGUGUCCCACGCCCUGGAGAAACGGGGCGACCCUGCCUUUCACUACAGCCCCCAGUUCCACAAAGUGACCGUCGCCGGGGUCGUGAUCUACUGCUACGCCUGGCUGGUGCCCCUGGCCCUCUGGGGUUACCUGCAGUGGCGCAAGGGACUCAGCCUCCACGUGGGCUCCUACAGCUUCCUGGAGACGGUCUGCGUGUACGGCUACUCGCUCUUCGUCUACAUCCCCACCUCGAUCCUGUGGCUGAUCCCGGCUGCCUGGCUCCAGUGGGUCCUGCUGGCCUGUGCUGCAGCGCUUUCUGGCUCCGUGCUGGUUCUUGCCUUCUGGCCGCUGCUCCGCGCCGACAGCAAGCCGGCCACGCUGGCCACGCUGGCCACCAUGGUCUCGCUCCACGUGCUGCUGGCCCUCGGCUGCAAGCUCUAUUUUUUCCGGACGCUGCCCAGCACCGUCUCUCCCCUGCAGACGCUGGUCACGGCCCAGCAGCCCCCUCCCCCAGCCAAUGCCUCGGUCCCCCUCCGCCAGUGAGGUGUGGAUCCCCCAGCACUGGGCACAGGCGAAAGACCGGAGCCACUGCUGGGCCACGGUCCAGGCUCCGGCCGGCUUAGGAAGGACCCUUCCUCCGGCCUGUCCCCCGGCCCGUGGAGCUCAGCCACGCUGCACAGGGAGGGGGCGGCAGCUUGGCAGUGGCUGAGCCUAGGACACUCGGCUCGUCUAAUUCUUCCCCUCUCCUCCUGCAUCAGCACUUCAGCCCUGGCUCAUUCCCAGCUGGGAGCAGGGGCAUCAGCUCCAGUGACCAGACCAGCCUCCAACUCGAGCCUGGCUCAGUCAGUGGCAGGAGUCCCGCCAGGACAGAGCCCGGGCCCUGCUCUCAGGGCGUCCUUGCAGCACCGGGAGGCAGACACCUCUGCUGGCCCCAGGGCUGAUGUUUGCAGCCCCUUCCUCGGGCAGAUCUCAGCACUGCCAGGUCCUGAUUGACAGCACAGCUGCCCCUGACCUGGAACAGCUCUCCUGCUACCCCCCAGGCUAGGCUGGGACAGAACACAUGCUAUGGAGGGAUAAUGGACAAGGGGAUUCUGCUAGCAAGGUACUCGGGCUCUCCCACCCCCAUCUCUAGGGCAUGGGGGGCAGUGGUAGGGCUGGCUGCUCCCUGGGCAAGGCCCAAGGAUUGGGAGCUGUCAGCUGUUUUCUAUUCAAAGGUGAUUGAAAUAAACUGGGGCUUUGCCCCACCUAGGACCA